CAGCGCGACACUCAACCUCCACCCUCCCCCCGGAGCCUGGAGUUAAAGCCUAUGACAAUGGAAUCAACCCGCGAGGAGCGGCUGCAAAUGCGCCAGCGCGGCGCCGGGACUCGCAAAAUCCAAGAAGUCGAUUUUGGAUUCUCGUUCGGAUCGCCGGUGGCCACUGCGACUGCGGGGAGUAUUAAUCAGGUGCUUGCUGACGGGCCUGCUGCGAGGACGACGACGCGAAGUCCGAGAGCGAGAACAAGUGUGAAUGCUGCAGCAUCAGAUGACCUGGAGCAGAGGAGUAAACAGGGGAAUGGCGAUGCGGUUGUCUCACCUACGCCGGGGUCUGCACGUGUAACAAGACGGUCACCACCUACGAGGGGGUCGAAGCAGGAUCAGACUGAGGCCGAGGGGCCUUCUAAUGAUCAGAAUGUAGAUACAAAUACGACCACUGAUCCUGUGCAGGGUGGGGAAUCUACAGAGCGGGAAACAACUUUGCGGCCUGCUCAAACGAGUACUGAAACGAGUCCGAGAAGCAAUCGCGGAAGACGCAAAUCGGGGACAGAUCGUUCUACAGAAGUGCAAGAGAAUAGUGCUCAGGAUAGCGCUACAGCUGAGUCGAAGUUACAGGCGGCGGAUAGAAAUGGAGAGUACACAGAUACUAGCGCGAUGUCGAGGUCGAGAAGACAAAGGACGAAGAACACACAAUCUGCCGAAACUGGCGAUCGAGGAAAAAGAGGCAGCGCACAAUCCAGCACAGAGCAGCCAGAUUCUGUGGGAAAUGCCAAAGACACAGUCCAAGAUCGUCCUAGAAGAAAAGGCAAAGCAGCGGCUACAGAAGUCGUGGCUGAUACUGGUCCUGAGAGUGUUAUAUCAGAAUCUCGUUCUAAGAGGCAGAAGCGAAAAGAGAAAGAGAUGGAGCCAGAACAAGUUCAGAACGAACCUGAUCGUAAUACCGAGCGCUCCCGAAGGCGGUCUUUGCGAAAUACCAGUCCUAGGCAAGACGAGACCGAAUUGCAAGCUUCGAAACGACGCAAAGGCAAACAAAAAGCAUCAGAACCAGAACCAGAACCAGUCAGAGAGCCAGAGCCAGAGCCAGUGGAAGAGGAAGAGGAAGCACCCAGCCAGAAACAGAAAACCAAAAGAAAACAUCGCGAAUCGCGAAGCCCAGCCGAGGCACCUCGACGCAGGGGCCGUCCAUCCCUUGACAAGGACAUAUCUAAUAAGGACGCGGGUAAGGUCGCAGCAGAACCUAUCACUCACCCUCCACCUUCAUCUACUGGAUCAGAACGCCCAGCGAAGCGCCGCCGCGGAAGGCCAUCUACAGACGCCGAGCAGCGUCGACAGACGAACCCAGAAGAGAAACGGCGUGAAGGGACGGUCGCAAUCACCGUACACCGUCUCGCCAACACCAGCGCGCUCGGUGACGCAUCGUCCGACUCAUCCGACUCAUCCUCUGACGAGCUCGACACCCGCAAGACCUUCCCCAGCCGCUCCGGCGUCAAUCCAGCCGACGUGUUGUCUCAGAUCUGCCAGGAGAUACUCGACAAACACGUUACCGGCCUCAGCAACAGCAUCGCCAAUGAAUCCAAUCAAUCAAAGCGGUCCGAGGCCGUCCGUCAGCACAAGGCCGUCGAGGCGUAUCGCAGCCAGUUAGAAGGACGGCUCUUCGAGCUCAGCGAGCUGCUCGAGAGUAACUUUGCGAUUGGCGUGAAGCUGAAACGUGCGAAGAGGGAGACAAUGGACAUGCGCAACCGCUUGCUCGAGGUGCGACGACAACGGCAGGAGAUUGCUCUACGCAUGGACGCGGUGAGGCUAAAACAUGGCGAAGAGGAGGAUGCAAAAAUGUCCCGCAACGCGAUCAACAAUUCACUACACAAUCUCGAGCUCACGCUCGACCGGAACCGCGUGCCCGCAAAGACCGACACCGCGAGCGCAGUGGCCGGGCUGGAGUUUACGUUAAGGACGGUGUCGGAAAACGUCAGUUCUGCUGCUGAAGGCGCGCAGGGGGGAUUGCUCAGCCAAGUACGAGCAUUCAACGCGCAGUUAGAGAUGGCUGCCAGGAAGCUCUCUUAACUACCUGUACGUCUACAUAUGUACGCUAAAUGUACUAAGUAAAUACUAUUAUUUAUUAAGCUAUUAAGA